AAAAAAUUAAGGUCUUCCUUCUAUUCCUUUCAAUCUCAUCUCAUCUCCCAUCAACCUAGCUUCUAAUUGAACCAAAACAACAGUAUGGAAGCAUCUUCCUUUUCCCCUAUGGCGGCAGAUUACCACCACGAAUCUUCCUCCGGCGGCCCGCUCCUCGUGCCGUCGAACAAAGAAAGGAGGAGGCACGGCAAUGGCGGCGGCAGCGGUGCGAAAAAAUCAUCCGGCAGCGGCGGAAGUGGCACAUCCCGGGCCGCGUCCAAGCUUUCUACAGAUCGUCAGAGCGUCGCGGCCCGAGAGCGGCGCCACCGGAUCAGCGAUCGCUUCAAGAUCCUCCAGAGCUUGGUCCCCGGCGGGACGAAGAUGGACACCGUCUCCAUGUUGGAAGGAGCCAUCCACUAUGUCAACUUUCUCAAAGCGCAAAUAUGGCUCCAUGAAGCCAUGAUAAACUCCGUCACCGUCACCACCACCGAUCAGAGUAACAGUAAUAGUAACAGUAACAGCAGCAUUACGUCUUCCAACAACGACAACAAUAACAAUACCGGGUUUUUUAACGGAGCUGCUACUACUAACCAUGAGUACUAUCACCAUCACCAUCAUCUUAGCAACAAUGGGGACUAUCCUCCCCCUCCUCAUUUUAUGAUGGGAGACGGCGGAGUUCUUCCCACGGUGGAUGAUGAGUGGCAGUUGCAGGCGAACUCCGGUGCAGUAGCUCCGCCGCCCUAUACGACACCGUUACAACGGGUGUUUGUGGAGGGCGGAGCAGAUGGAGCUCAGUUUCAAGAGGCUGUGG